CUCCCGGCUCUCCCCAUCCCCCCCCACCUCCCCUUUCCCCCCUCCCCACCCGUGCCAUGUCUGCGCUGUUCGCCGGGAAGGUGCUGCGGGCGAACCGCGAGCGGGACGAGCUGGACACGGAGCGGGAGCUGCGCGGGGCUCUGGACAACAAGGUGCUGCUGCUCUACUUCGGCUCGGGGCAGUGCCCGCGCUGCCAGCGCUUCUCCCCGCUGCUCAGGGACUUCUUCCAGCGCCUCACCGACGAGUUCUACGUGGAGCGCUCCUCGCAGCUCGGCCUGGUCUACGUGUCCCGCGACGAGACGGAGGAGCAGCAGAGCGCCUUCCUGCGCUCCAUGCCCCGCCGCUGGCUCGCCCUGCCCUUCGGGGACACCUUCGCCAGUAAAUCCAAGGAAAUGAAGGAAUUAAGGAAAACUAAAUCCCAAAUGGAGGGGCUGGAGGAGUAA